AUGGCUGUCAUCAAUAUUGGUCAAGGGUACACCCAACUUGAGGAAUUUGCAGCAGCUUUAAUCAUGCCGAUGAUGUCCAAUAGAAAAUAUCAAGAACUGCAUACAAGUGUGUUUAAUUACACUCAUAUAAUUGCAUUGGAAGGAAAGAUAGAAGCAGGUAAAGAAGAAAGAAGGCUAGCUAUUAAAAGAGGUGAUGUAGAUCAACGUGGCCGUUCUAAAAUAGACGUUAUAGCCGAUGGUGCUUGGAGUAAGAGAUCAUAUAAAACCAAUCAUAAUGCGUUAUCUGGCGUUACGGAGAAAGCAAAAUCAAGAAAAGCAUUCACUUCAGAACGAAACAGCCGACUGAAAACUGGUGGAGGUGAAGAAGAAAAAAUUGUUGAUUCACCAAACCCAGAUGUAGAAGUAUUAUUAGGUAAACCCCAUAUAGUUGAAUGGUGUUCUGAAAAUCUUCACAGCACUUUUCCUAGACUAUGUGAAUCCAACAAAACCCGUUCUCCAUUUUCGGAAUCUGAUAAUUUCGCAGAAUCUAUGAAGAGUCCUGCCACACAUAUUAGUAAUUAUUUGAACAAUGAAGAAGGCAAGUUUUUUGAAAAGGAAGAAAUAAAUGAGACUAUUGUUAAAUCAACAAAAUGUGACACUGAAUCUAAGGAUUUUAAACCAAAGGUUUAUGAUUUAUCAAUUUCUAAGUAUGAUAGUCCAAAACAACCAUUACUUGCAAGUUUUCCAAAAAAUAAAAAUAAAAGAGCGUUCAAUUCAAAAUUGUACAAACAUUUCAAUUGGAUUGAAUAUUCAAUUGUAAAAGACCAGGUGUAUUGUUUUGUUUGUAGACAUUUUACAUCUACUAAUGAACCACAAUUUGAACGAACAUUUUUAAAUAAAGGAUUCAACUGUUGGCAAAAACAAGCAGAAUCAUUUAAAUACCAUGCAAAGACUAAUUAUCAUAAGCUAAACUUUGAAAAGUAUACUAUGUUUUUAAAUUUAAAAUGUAAUAAAAGUUAUUCUUCUGUUGCAAGUGGCAUAAUACAUUCUCGAAAGAAAGAAGUUGAAGAUAACCGUCAACAUGUUUAUUACUUAUUGAAAACUACUUUAUAUUUAGCAAAACAAGGCAUACCAUUCCGAGGACAUGAUGAGAGUAAAGAAUCAUCAAACCGUGGAAAUUAUAUUGAACUCUUAAAUAUGUUUUGUGAUGAUAAUGUUAAAUUAAAAUUAGAAUCCAGAUAUGGACAUUAUACAUCUCCCGAGUAUCAGAACGAUUGUAUUAAAAUUAUUGCUUCUAUCACAAGGUCAAACAUAAUUCAACAAAUUUCACCAAUUGGUGCCUUUUCUAUUCUUGUGGAUGAAACUAAAGACACUAGUAAAAAAGAACAGCUGUCAUUUGUAAUCAGGUUUGUUGACAAUGAGUUUAAUGUUUUUGAAAAAGCUUUGGGUUGUUACCACAUGGUUAAAUGUAAUGCUUCAGCUCUUAGUCAAGAAAUCCAAAAAAUUGUGAUAGAAAAUAAUUUGGAUAUCAACAAGUGCAUUGCUCAAUGUUAUGACGGAGCAUCGGUUAUGAGUGGAGUGUUCUCGGGAGUACAAAAACGAAUAGCAGAUGUAGUACCAAAAGCUAUAUUUGUGCAUUGCUAUGCUCACCGCCUGAACCUUUGUUUAAUUCAUUCAAUUCAAAACAACAGUAUUGUGGUUAAUUUUUUUGAUACAGUCCAGUCUUUGUAUAAGUACUUAAUGAAUGGACAUACUCGCUAUGAAAUUUUUAUGAAAGUUCAAGAGGAUAAAAACUUAAAAGCAAUUCAUUUAGAACAACUUGUGGAAACUAGAUGGUCUUACUGGCAUACUUCUUUACAAAAAAUAAAAAUGCGUAUUACAGAAAUAUUAGAUGUAUUGAAAGUUUUAACUGUGCAAGAUGAUCAACCAGCAAAAGCUUUAGGCUUACUUAAAGAAGUAUCAACAUUUCGAUUUGUGUUAGUAUUGCAUAUUAUGGAAAAACUUCUUGAAGCUAUUCAUUGUUUAUCGUGUGAGUUACAAAACCCAAAAAUCUUAUUACCAAGCAGCUAUGGAUCUAGUCGAUUUAACAAGAAAAGAAUUAACAACCCUAAGAUCAGAUGCAACCUUGGUAUAACAGUGGAGGAGGAACAAGAAAGAAAUACUCGUCUUAGAAGGAAACUGCAACCAUCUAAGAAACUUGAAGAAUAUUAUGUAAUGAGUACUACUGGAAAAUGUGAAUCAAUAAAAUCUCUUAAAGUGAAAAAUUUUAAAUCUGAAGUUUUUUAUUGCUGCAUUGACAGGUUUCUUCAACAGCUGAAUGAAAGAUUUUCAGAGAAAAGCAAAGAUUUGUUUAAGCUGUUUGAAAUUUUUGAUGUAACCAGCAAUAAUUUUUUUAAUCCUAACUGCCCUCAUUUAAUAUUCUUUACAAACCAUUAUAGUUAUUUUCAAUUUAAUGAGUCUAAAAUGUUAUCCGAAUUUCCUUCUGCAAAAUCCUUGAUUCUUAAAAAAAAUAUAACCAAUUUGAAUUUAAGUGACAUUAUUUCCUGCUUAAAAGAUUUUCCAGUUGCUUUUUCAGAAACAUUAAAAAUAAUAUCUUUAGUUCUAACUUUACCUAUAAGUACAGCUUCUAAUGAAAGAUUUUUUUCUUCACUUAAGAGAGUCAAGUCUUAUAUUAGAUCAACCAUGGGAGAUGAACGCUUAAGUGACUUAUUGGUGGUUAGUGUGGAGAAAGAAGAGGCAAAUAAAAUUAAUCUAAAUGAUGCUGUAGAUUCAUUUUCAAAAUUAAAAAUUCGAAGAUAUCCGCUAAUGUAA